ACAUAUGACAAUUUUCAAUGAGAAAGGUCAUUAAAGAGAUCUAUCUUAAACCCUACACCCUAAAUCUAUAAUGAAAUUCUUAUUUGCGGAAACGACGACGCCGUGCCUAAAUCCAUGGAAGAGAUUUCAGACCAACCAAUUUUCAAGAAUUCAUGGGAGAAAUGUAGGCUCUUGGCGAAACAGGAUAUUACACUGCUUUCCUGGUUGCCAUUGAUGAAGGGUGUGGAAGAAGCAAUCAUGUUCCUGAUAAACAUACUCAUGGAGGCUCCCAUAGGAAAGGUAGUUUGCAUGGGAAGAAAGAUGAAGGAGAUGGUUAUGGGAUCCUUUUCAAGCUUCAUUUCGAACUUCUAUAAGAGCAAAACCUUAAAAAUUGCUAAAGAAGCUCAGGUGUCGGACACAAAAUCAACAAAUCAAGAGAAAAGCAGAGGAUGGGUUUGCCUUGUGCUGUUUUUGUUGCUCACCACUGGACCAAAAGGUGUCAGAUGUGAAGAUAUUGGUAACCCUCUAGUCCCUGGGAGCAGUGCAAUGGAUUCUUUUCUGGCUAACAAAUAUCUAAGAGGAGGUGCAAGACAUCUAGCUGCUGCAAUCGACUACAAGGUUUUGUCACAUGGGUACCGUCGAUCAAAUACCUCAGGGCGUGAGAAAGUGAAUCCUUAUGAGAGACCACAUAACCCUGAGGAUCGUUAUCGUCAAGGUAACACAGGAAAGCACUAGUAGUGACUGUAGUGGCAAAUAAACCAAUUACCAUACUAUACAUAUAAUUGUUUAUGUUUGGAAACAAAUCUUGUGGCCUUAACUUUUGAGCAUUGGGUGGAAGCGUGACUAGAGACUAAAUAUUAUUUGAUAAAAGCAUAUCUAGUCCUUUUGAGUA